AUGAACGCAGAAUUGUAUUCACGCGACUUGAAGACUUUUCGAGUUCAAGAGUACAUCGGCCGUCGUUCGGGUUUUCCACCUAGGUCGUACGUAGUUGAUCUGCGAAACAGGCGAUGCGAGUGCAGGAUAUUUCAGACUCUUCGACAUCCAUGUGCGUAUGGUCAUGCAACGUGUGCGAGAGCAAACUUAAAUGUUGAACAAUUCAUAGACGAGAUCUACACAUUGCAACGCACAUUGCGUAUAUGGGGGAACAAAUUUCCUGUAAUGCCCGAUGUCUUAAACUGGGAAGUUCCACCGUCUACUUUCGAGAUGGUGCCUGACUGUAGUCUCCGUAGACAUUCUAAAGAUCGACCACAAUCGACGAGAAUUCAAAAUUACAUGGAUGUCAGGGAGACGGGUGCAAGUGGAUGGCUGCAUAGUGGUGGUGCUGAUGUCGAAAAUGGCGGUGGGGCAGGUUUGGUUUAA